AUGAACACGUAUAACAGGGUCAAGCAAGAAUUUAUCAAGAAAUGGAUAACUACUCUCCACAUGUUCGAUUCUUCUGUUGAACAUCCCACGAACGUAACUGAGAGGAGAAAUGCGAUAAGACUAUCAUCGGACAUAGCCAUCGCAGCCACUAGAACCGGCUCCACCGUAUGGAGCCGCGCUCUCAUCUCUAGGACCCGAAACAAGACAACCGACAAACCCGUGGCUCGUCGAAUACUAAGAAAAGCUCGAAAUCGGAUGAAGAAUCGUUGUACGACUCUCAGACGAAAUGGUCAUUUCAAGGCAAAGAUUGGGGUGAGAAAACGUACGGAGAUGCUCAAGAGUCUAGUACCGGGAGGCGAGUUAAUAGACGACAAAGAUUAUUUGAUAAGAGAGACACUUGAUUACAUUGUCUAUCUCCGAGCGCAAGUGGACGUUAUGCGAACCGUCGCAGCCGUUGAUUCAGUCUCCGGAAACUUGCCGAACGACCGUAGGAACAAGUAA